GCGUCUUCCAGUGCGUCUCAGCUGCUCAGCUUUUCUCGAGAGAUGUCGUACUCCGGGAAGAAAGGAACAGCAGAGCCGCAAACUGGGAAGAGAGGACCCUCUGCCAAAGCCAGCACCAAACCUUCCGUCUUGUCUAUACCAGCUGAUAUCGAUAAAGAUCCUGUAGCUCUCAUGCAGCUUGCAUCCAAGUUGUCUCUUGACAACGGCAACUUUGUGGAUACCAAGUUCUAUGCCUUCUCACGACGGAACGCAUCUGGCACGAUAUACGCACCCAAGGCCAUUUACGCUAACAGCUGGAUGCUCCGUGCGAAGUCUCCUCAGUAUUUUGAAAACCUGCUCUUCGGAGGCUAUGAUGCCAAUUGUACCAUUGGCCCUCUAGAUGGCGCUGUCUCGCUAGACCAUGAAUGCCUUGACGAAGCUGAGAGUCUCGGCUACGACUCGGACAGCGAUAUUGAAGACGACGACGACGACACGGAGACGGUACCUCCUAAGACUUACCGCAAGUCUGCGCUUGACGCUCCCAAGACGAAGGAUGAUAGAUCGACGCCAGCACCUGACGACUCGGUCAAAGCUGAGCAGGAAGACGAGCAGGAAGACGAAUCCCAAGUGCCAGGACAGAAGGGCCGGAUUAUCGUGCUGCAAAGCUUCGCCUAUCCGACGUGGAAGGCAUUCGUGUACUACCUAUACACUGGCAAGGUCGAGUUUACACGUCUGAAGUCGCAGAAGCCUGCAGUUCAGCCCCUCGCAAAGACUGUGCAAAUGUCGGCGAAGGCUCCUCCGUGCUCUCCGAAGUCUAUGUACAAGCUCGCGGAUGAGCUUGGUAUCUCGGAGCUGAAAAAUCUCGCUCAGGCGGACAUUCAGUCCAAGCUGUCUGGUGACAAUAUUCUCGCGGAGCUGUUUUCGACCUUCACCUCACGAUACGAUGACAUUCGUGAUAUGGAAAUCACCUUCGCGUGUGACAAGGCGAAAGACGCACUCAAGGCAGGCAUGUCUUCUUGGAUGAAUACUAUCCCGGCAAACAUCCUCAAGCGCAAUGCCACCGUGGUUGGUUUACUGGUUGAGAAAUUGGCUGCCGCACCAACCCCUGCGCCUGCGCCCGCCAUACAGAAGCCUACCCAUUGCCCCAGCUGCAGCUACGGUCGUAAUGGCUACCAAUUCUACCUCAGGUGCAACAAUUGCAGCUACAACUUCAGUAAUUCCUUCUAGCUUGGUAUAGCUUGUGUCCCGUUCGUUCGUACCGUAUGCGAGCUCUGAAGAUGGGUCCCAUCUCGCCCGUGUUUGUUUACGUAGAUAUAUACCGGACAGCUCUUUCUGAAUGCGAAUGCAACUCACACUUGUCCAGC